GCGGCAGCAGAAACUGAGGGGAAGGUAAAUCUUUUCUCCACUUAUCCAGCUAAAAGUUAGCUUCGAAUUGACGACUACUAACGUUGUCGGGGUGAUCCUAAAGGGUGUGUGGAAGCCUGCGACGUUUUGGGGAAAGAACGAGGAUAUCACUUAUUGAAAAUACUUGGUAGCACUGCAGUGGUCCACCAUGGGAGAGCUUUUCCGGAGUGAGGAGAUGACACUGGCACAGCUUUUCUUGCAGUCAGAAGCUGCUUACUGUUGUGUCAGUGAGCUCGGAGAGCUUGGAAUGGUCCAGUUUCGAGAUUUAAAUCCAGAUGUGAAUGUAUUUCAACGCAAAUUUGUAAAUGAAGUUCGUCGUUGUGAAGAAAUGGAUCGCAAACUCCGUUUUGUUGAAAAGGAAAUUCGAAAAGCCAACCUUACAAUUUUGGACACUGGAGAGAAUCCAGAGGUUCCUUUUCCUCGUGACAUGAUUGAUUUAGAGGCAACCUUUGAGAAACUGGAAAAUGAACUGAAGGAAAUUAAUACUAACCAGGAAGCAUUAAAACGUAAUUUUCUAGAGCUGACUGAACUGAAGUACAUCCUUCGUAGAACCCAGCAGUUCUUUGACGAGGCUGAAUUGCAUCAUCAGCAGAUGUCUGAUCCAGACCUACUUGAAGAAUCAUCUUCUCUGCUGGAGCCAAGUGAACUGGGACGUGGUGCCCCCCUCAGACUUGGCUUUGUUGCUGGUGUGAUAAACCGAGAAAGAAUCCCUACUUUUGAAAGGAUGUUAUGGCGAGUAUGCAGAGGAAAUGUUUUUCUUCGUCAAGCUGAAAUUGAAAAUCCCUUGGAAGAUCCUUUAGCUGGUGGUCAGGUGGACAAGUCUGUUUUCAUCAUUUUCUUUCAAGGUGACCAACUGAAAAACAGGGUGAAGAAAAUUUGUGAAGGGUUCAGAGCGUCCCUCUAUCCCUGCCCAGAAACUCCUCAAGAACGAAAGGAAAUGUUAGCUGGUGUAAACACACGAAUUGAUGAUCUUCAAAUGGUUUUAAAUCAGACAGAGGAUCAUCGUCAGAGGGUACUGCAGGCAGCUUCGAAGAGUAUUCGUGUAUGGUUUAUUAAAGUACGGAAAAUGAAGGCAAUUUACCAUACCCUGAAUCUCUGCAACAUUGAUGUCACACAAAAAUGUUUAAUUGCAGAGGUCUGGUGUCCAGUUUCUGAUUUGGAUUCAAUUCAGUUUGCCCUUCGAAGGGGUACAGAGCGCAGUGGAUCUACAGUUCCAUCCAUCUUAAACAGGAUGCAAGCCAGCCAGACACCACCAACUUAUAACAAGACAAACAAAUUUACUUACGGCUUUCAAAACAUUGUGGAUGCAUAUGGAAUUGGAACUUACAGGGAAAUUAAUCCUGCUCCAUAUACAAUUAUAACCUUUCCUUUCCUAUUUGCUGUUAUGUUUGGGGAUUUUGGCCAUGGUGUUCUGCUGACUUUAUUUGCUGUGUGGAUGGUUUUGAGAGAAAGCCGAAUAUUGUCACAGAAGAUUGAAAAUGAGAUCUUCAGCACCAUUUUCAGUGGACGCUACAUUAUUUUACUGAUGGGAAUUUUCUCUGUGUAUACGGGGCUCAUAUAUAAUGACUGCUUUGCAAAGACUCUCAAUAUGUUUGGUUCAGCAUGGAGUGUUAGAUCGAUGUUUCACCCAUAUGGAAAUUGGACAGAGGAAACCCUUCAAGGCAAUCAAAAUCUUCAGCUAGACCCUGCCCAUCCCAAUGUCUUCAAAGGGCCAUAUCCAUUUGGAAUAGAUCCUAUAUGGAAUAUUGCUACAAACAAACUUACAUUUCUGAACUCCUUCAAGAUGAAGAUGUCUGUGAUUUUGGGUGUCAUCCAUAUGGCCUUUGGAGUGUCUCUCAGCCUUCUCAAUUAUAUAUAUUUUAAAAAACCACUGAACAUCUAUUUUGGCUUUAUCCCUGAAAUGGUGUUUAUGCUGUCUUUGUUUGGCUAUCUUGUUAUUCUCAUCUUCUACAAGUGGACUGCUUAUGAUGCCAGCACUUCAAGAGAUGCUCCCAGUCUUCUCAUUCACUUCAUCAAUAUGUUCCUCUUCAGCUAUAAUGAUAAAACAAUGAAAUAUCUAUACAAGGGUCAGCAAGGUUUGCAGUCCUUUUUGGUAAUCGUAGCUCUGCUGUGUGUUCCAUGUAUGCUUGUGGUGAAACCAUUGGUGCUGCGUCAUCAGUAUUUGAGAAAAAAGAACUUGGGAACACACAAUUUUGGUGGAAUCAGAGUUGGGAAUGGACCAACUGAGGAAGAUGCUGAGAUAAUUCAACAUGACCAACUUGAUACCCACUCAGAAGAUGGUGAGGAGUUUAACUUUGGCGAUGUUGCAGUACAUCAGGCCAUCCAUACAAUUGAGUACUGCUUGGGAUGUGUUUCUAAUACUGCCUCCUACUUGCGAUUGUGGGCACUCAGCUUGGCUCAUGCACAGCUCUCUGAAGUAUUGUGGACUAUGAUUAUGCACAUUGGACUGUCAGUAAACAGCUUUGGUGGAUCUUUUCUCCUUUUCUUCAUUUUUGCUGGUUUUGCUGUGUUGACAGUCGCAAUUCUCCUUGUCAUGGAGGGUCUUUCUGCAUUUCUGCAUGCCCUUCGUUUGCACUGGGUUGAGUUCCAGAAUAAGUUCUACUCUGGUUCUGGUUACAAGUUUGUUCCCUUCUCCUUUGAAAGCAUUCUCGAAGGGCGGUUUGAAGAGUAAAUGGCAUUUAUGUUAAAUUUAGCUGUGUUGUCAAUGUAUAAAUAGUGAUGCUCAUGUGGAUCAUUUAGUCCUUCUGUUUCUCAGCACAAUGUUGUAUUGUAGUUUUGAUGUAUUUCUGCAUGCACUAAAACCAAAUGGUUUUCUGAUGUUCAUGAAUGCAGUUGUCAAUUGUGACUUUUAUAACUGAACGUCUGAUACUACGUGGUAUUCACUUAAUGGUUUCCUGCAGUAUAAUUAUCCCUUUUGGCAAACAUGUUCAUAUGGAAAAGCUGCUCACUUUUUGGAAGGUUAAGACUAAUCAACAGUAUUGCUGUAUUAUGGCUCCCAGUAACUUGUCUUUUGUUCCAGUCUUCCAGCUAUCUGAUUUAUUUAUUUUAUUUUAUAUUUGGAAGUGACGGGCAGACAGUCGAAUUUCAAAAUGAAGUGCAAAGACGCAUCUGUAAAAUGUAGCAUGUGGAAGCAAUUAUUGCCUUUCAGAUUAUUGCAGUCACUAUAAAAUCUGUAAUUUGUGUGUGUGUAUAUAUACGAUGUAGGAAACCUGAAGUGGAGUAUGAAUGAAGAAGUGAAAGUUGAGUGCAUCAAGCAGGAUGGUUUAGAAAAUGUCAGGAAAGUGAAUUUCACUUGUUUCUAAAGUUGUGUUUAGGAUACUCUCUGUUUAGAAGAAUUACUCUGGCCUUUAUACAUUGAAAUUCCAAAAAAUAACUUUUUAAAUUCUCACAAUUUCUGUAGCUCAAGGAAAAUAGUUCUGGACACUAUAUGUUUAAUACCUGUUAGUUUCUUUGUUAAGAAGAGAAAAGCAUCAAAGUUAAUAAGUGUCCAUACUGCUUGCUCUCCCACCCAAUCAGAUUUGUGUCUCUGUGACUUUACUCAACUGGUUAACUGACUUGUUUUAUUUUCAAUCAUUGACCAAGUGACCCCAUUUUCUGAUGCAGCCCAUGUUUCUGCUUCAUUUUUUUCCCUCUUUGCCCAAUAUAAUGAGAACACUUAUACACUUAAAGGUGUCAAUAAUCUUUUGUUACUUUGGUCUAAAGGGAACAAUAUGACGAGUAAAGGAGCCAUAUACUUUUGGUUUUUCUAAGCUUUAUCACAGUUGAUUUUAAUUGCUGUGGAGAUCUUAGUUUUCUUGGAAAACUGAGAAAACAAACAUCAUUCAAUGGAAAAUUGGUUUAGUUUAAAAUUGCAGAAUUUCACAGAAAACAUUUUGUAACAAAAGGUUUCUUUGAUUAGUGAUUGAUGUCACAUUCAUAAAUAUUUGCCAAAUUUGAAUUGGCACUAUGACAACCCAAGCCAUUAGUGUGGCCCUAGAUUUCCAAGGAACAGUGAAUAUUGUGAUGUCCCAUUACUGCCGUUUUUUAAUGCAAUUGUUAGAUCCUCAAUGUAUAUGUUGCAUCGUUUAUAAACCAUACAGGACUGUAAUGAAACAUUGUUAGAAUGUGACGCUUUUAAUGCAUCAAUUCAUAUAAAUCUCCUGUGACCAUUUGAAGUCAUGAUUUGGAUUAAGAAAUUAUUUGGGGAAAAAAGUCCUAUCUAUAAUAUCAUGCCCACAAAAUGUUCUGCUCAUUGAGGUCAUUAAUUUGAUGUACAUCUUACUCCAGAGUACAGCAGGAUGAAACAGCAUAGAUCUUAUUCUGGGAUGUGUAAGAUGACAGCUGCCUGAUUUUGUCAUUUUUAUUCAAGUUAAUGUAAAUCUUUUGCUUCUCUUCCCUGACCUUGCACCAUGAUUAAGAGACUUUAAAAGGCAGCUGUCUGUUUUUGUUCAAUGGGUGAUUUGAUCUAAGCAAGUGAGCAGUCUUUUAUAAGUAUCUGGAAAGUAAACAUCUUUUUUAAACCCCAAUGGCAGCUGAAUAUGGAGUUUGUCUUUUCCUGUAGAUGAAUGUUAGUUAGGUGACAGUUUUAAGUGACUGUCUUUAUCUACGUGCAUAGUUUUUUGUGUGUGAACGAAUAUUAAACAUGCUUUUGCAGUACAUGUAUUGUAACAUUUAGGAUGUUUCUUAGUGCUGUGUAGAAAAUGCUGAAUGAUUGCCCAAAUUAAGGCUACAUGCCCUCACAUAUUUUUAAUUGAUUUGCACUAAAAUUUUGCAUAUCCUUAACUAUUUGGACCAACAUAACUUUCUUUUCACUUUUCACUACCAUAUCUAACUUUAAAAUUAAUUUGUUACUUUUUCCUGAUGUACUCCUUUGUCCACAAUUAAUGCAUUAAUACACUUCCAUUGUGACUCUUGAUCAGUUGCACAAUGAUCAUGUGUGUAAUAAUGAAGUGAGGCACAGAAUUAUUAGCAAUUUCAAAAAAAUAUACUUCAUUUUAUAUUUAGGGAUUUUCUCAUCUGUGCAAAUUUAUCUUUUUAUUUAUCAGUGUUUUCCAAUCUAGACAUUGUGCUUCAACAGACUUUUACAAUAAUGCAUUCAAAUGUUUGAUUUGUACUAGCUAAUGUCUAUUUUGAUUUAGGUUGACUGUGUAACAUUUGACAUCAAGCGUCAAUGUUCUAAAUCGCUACCCCAUUCUCUAGUAAAGAUGUUAAAUUACAUCUUUAAAAUGUUGCAUUAAUUUUAUGCAUCUCACAGUGACAGAGGUGUCCUGAUUGUCUGCUAAUGCUUCUUUGCUGUUGAGACAUUUGUUUACAGGUUUUGACUGUUUACAGCUUGUGAAUGUGCACCCAGCUGAAGCUUUUUUUUGGUCAUUUUUGAAAUACUCUUGUAUGGUUACUUUGUAAAAAUUCAGUGUGUAUAAUUUCAAUGUAUAUUUAAAUAUAGAAUAAAAGUCUGGUGAAGUGUG